AUGUUUCUAAAGCUACUUUUUGUCCUCCAGCUGUUCUACAUCCUCGAUCUUGCGGUAAUCAAGGCCUCGAUCAUCUGCCUAUACCUCCGAGUCUUCAGCAUCAGAUCGUUUAGGACGGUUUUAUGGUGCACACAGGGCUUCAACUUCCUCCUCGGGUUUUCCUACGUCCUUCUGAGCCUGGUUCAAUGCCAGCCACUGAACCACUAUUGGAACGGAUGGGACGGUCGGCAUCCUGGCAAGUGUGCCGAUCUCAACUUGAUCGGACUUACCCAUGUCGGUUUGAACAUUGGUCUGGACGUUUGGAUGCUCAUUCUGCCAGCAUCUCAAGUGUACAAGCUGAACCUUCCUCUGAAGAAAAAGUUGGGGGUCAUGGCAAUGUUUGGCGUUGGUGUCUUUCAAAUUCUUCCCGAAGCUCAUCGACCUGACCCGCCAGAGCUUGACGAGGUCUACGAGGUCUGCUAG